GAGAAUCGACCGCAAAAGCAUACUGUGGAGUCUUUUAUCCAAAAACCAAUUUUUUUCUGUGGCUGCCCUUGGAUUUAAAAAUAUAAAAAUUCAUCCGUUCACAACAAUUCAUAAUCUUCCUCCCCUUCAGCUUGAACCAUGAAUGACACAGUGGACAAAUUGGUCAUCUUCCUUGCGAAGAGAGACGGCAUCGACAAGCUCGUCAAGACCUUUCAGUACGUCUCCAAGCUCGUCCACUGGCAUGUCCACGCCACUCAACCAGAAAUCGCGCAAAGAUUCAAACACUGGGAAGUUUCCUCCGGCCUGAGCAGAAAAGCCUUCAGAACCGGCAGGUUCCUCACCGGUUUCAACCUUCUCCGACGAAAUCCCGGCUCCACUCCAACUCUCAGGCUUUUGGCCGUUCUAGCCAAUGCGGGAGAGAUGGUGUACUGGUUUUUUGACCACUUUCUCUGGUUGGCAAGAAUCGGAACCCUAGAUGCAAAAUUGGCUGGAAGGAUGAGCUUCAUAUCGGCGUUCGGUGAGUCUUUCGGAUAUAUUUUUUUCAUUCUAUCUGAUUUUAUUAUUCUGAAAGAGGGAUUGAAAGAAGAGAGAAAGCUUGUGAGUUCGAAAGAGGAUUCGAAGGAAGUGAAGGAGAGUUUGAAGAAAAUAAGAGGCGAUAGAGUGAUGAGGUUGAUGGGCGUGGCGGCGAACGUGGCGGAUUUGAUCAUUGCACUGGCGGAUAUUGAACCGAACCCGUUUUGCAACCAUGCGGUUACUCUGGGGAUUAGUGGAUUGGUGUCUGCCUGGGCUGGUUGGUACAGAAACUGGCCCUCCUAAACAAAUUGGUUGCAGUUUGUUUACUUUUGGUGUAAGUAACUACUGAAAUUGGCAAGAAGUUGAGUUAUUCACUCA